AUGCCGAGUGCGAAGUGGGAGUUUGUGCGUAUUGGCGUAUACUUUACCGUUCCCGUUGUAGCCACGUACAUCUACGCCCAGCCGGACUGUAUCAGUAUGAUCGUGAACAAGUGGAAAUACAUCCAGUACCCACCCCAAUCUGUGUCCCGCGAGGAAUAUUACAAGAAGAUGCGCGAGGUGGCCGAAGAGGACAAGUGA